AUGCGUCUCUCCACAACUGUCGUUGCUACAGCUCUUGUUAGCUUUGCCACUGCUCAAUAUACCAUUGAUCCAGACAGUGUUGCAUUGGCUACUCGUAAAAGCUGGUGUCAAUCACAAACACAAACAUGUCCAUCACUUUGCUUGCAAAAUGGUGCCGGUAGCUCCACCACCACUACCAACACUUGUGAUCCCGAUACCCUCGACUAUGCAUGCAUUUGCGGCAAUGGUCUCUCUCCAAACGCAUCCGAAUACUCCUUAACCCUCCCAUACUUCAUCUGUACCCAAUACGCCACCAAUUGCGUCAAUGCAUGUAACGGAGUCAACACCUGUCAAGCAGCAUGCCGAGAUGAUAAUCCAUGUGGAGCCCAAAACCCAACCCGUGUCAAUACCACCUCUAGUACCACUCAAAGCGCAACUGGUACAGCAGGAGCUUCCAGCACAAACGGCGUUGCAUAUACAGGAUUGGGUGGAUCAUCUGCAACAUCUACUCCUAAGAGUGGUGCUCAGAUGACUGUGGAUUUCGGAAAAUCAUAUGGCUUGGCAGUUGUUUUUACAGGUCUCUUUGCGGGGUUUGCUUUGGUAAUGUAA